GCCAUCUUUUCCUACAGCCGAUGUCGCAUACAUUCUGCGCCCUACAAGAACAGUAACAACAGAGAACGAAUGAAGAUAAUUCAAUAAACACUAUCAAGGCUCAAAAGGCGCAGCGUAGCGUUCACUAGAAGGCGCACUUUGUUAGUUGUCGUAUAAAUAUCGAAUACUCUCUCCAGCUGUUGCUUUUGGUUCCCUUCAUCUCACCGCAAAAUCGACAUAAAGGAAAUAUACUGUUCAAUGUCACAGACCUCAAUUGAACUCGUUACUCCCAAUGGGAAUGUGUCAGAUGAUGCAGUCCAAUUACAGAACUUCGAUCGACGCUUUGAGUCUCGAGCCGCUGAUGCCGAGUUCUCAUUGCCUCCUGUUGAUGGCGGGAGAAAGGCAUAUCUAUUCUUAGCAGCUUGUUGGGUCGUCGAAGCAGUGACUUUUGGCUUCGGGUUCUCAUUUGGCGUCUUUCAAGAAUACUACAGUCACCAUGAGCCUUUCGCGGGUUCAAACAGUAUCGCUGCUAUUGGAACCACAACAACUGGCAUGCUGUAUCUUGGAGCACCAUUCGUGGUCAUUAUAUGCCGCUUCUACCCUCGUCAAGCCCGCUGGUUCACAUAUGCAGGGCUCUUCGUAACAUCCCUAGCCAUGGUCAUGAGUUCCUUUUGCACAACCGUCCCUCAGCUAAUAGCAACGCAAGGGGUACUUUUUGGAAUCGGCGGCUGUUUCGCUUAUUGUCCUUGUACUCUCUAUAUCGACGAGUGGUUUGUUCGUCGUAAGGGCUUUGCUUAUGGCAUUGUUUGGAGCGCUGCUGGAGCUGGAGGUGCUGUACUUCCUCUGAUUCUUGAAACUCUCCUCAAGAACUAUGGCUUUCAAACAACUGUCAGAAUAUGCUCUGGUAUCCUUUUUGGAACCGCGGCUCCUAUUGCAUAUUUCAUCAAGCCUAGACUGCCACUUUCUGCCACUAUUCAUAGGAAACCUCUAAAUAUGCGCUUCGUCACUUCAAGAGUGUUUCUUCUGCAUCAACUUGUCAAUGUCGUUGAAGCAACAGGCUACUUUCUCCCUACGAUCUACCUGCCCACUUAUGCUCGAACGACCUUUGGUACCUCAACUAUCCUCUCAGCUCUGACAGUUAUUUUGGUCAAUGUUGCUACGACAAUCGGUCUGAUGGUCAUGGGAUCCCUUAGCGACAAACUUGCAGUUACGACAUGCAUGCUCAUAUCAGCCGUGGGGGUGGGCAUUUCUGUCUUGUUAGUCUGGGGACUUACAGCAUCUCUUCCUGUUCUCUACGUCUUUUGCGUCAUGUAUGGUCUCUUCGCGGGAUCUUGGGCCUCAAUCUGGCCAGGGAUUAUGAGAGAAGUGACGCAGAAAUUUCAAGACGAGAACGAGCACGUUGACCCCGUGAUGGUGCAUGGACACCUUUGCGUGGGUAGAGGAGUUGGCAACAUCAUUUCUGGACCAUUGAGUGGUUCUCUUAUUCGAGGUCAACCAUGGCAUGGAAAAGUUAUUGGAGGUUAUGGAAGUGGAUAUGGUAUUCUGAUUCUGUACACUGGCUUGACGGGCUUGGUGAGCGGUAUGAACUUUCUGUGGCGAUAUGUGAAUGUUUUGUAAGGGGUGGACAUCUCUGGAAGCUGAUAUUUCGUCACCAUACAAGGUAUUGGUGGCGAUAUCUACUUUUGGGGUGCCAGGCUAAAAGUGAUUUGUAUCUGUUUGAUCGAGCUUAGCGUGGGAUGAGGUAUUGAAAAGAAAAGGUAAAAGG